UCCAUAUUCAACCCCGAACAAUUAUAUCAAUAUCGAGACAUGGACAACGGCCCACUCUAGAAUUCCGUUCAAAGACGCUGCAAACUCACAAUUUACAGAAAUAAAAACCCGCGAGAAGGAAAAAUCAGAAACAGAAUCAAGAAAAGAAAAAACCUGUAUUCGAGUUUGCGUACCUUUCCCAAACAAACGACCAUAAAAUACCCUAAAUUAAUGCAUAACAUAUAGGAAUACACUUUCGUCUCGCAAUAAAUAUUAUACAUCUGAAGAGAAAUCGGAAAACUGUUCAUAUUUUUGUGUGUUUUUUAAGGUGCCCAUUAUGGUGGAGGCCGUGGAAGAAGGUGAAGGGAAAGGGAAGAGCGGUGGCGGUGAGUCAUCAGAGCUCGUUAUUUCAAGAAAGCAAUCUGGGGCGACGGAUUGGCUGAGCAACUUCCACAGGGAUUUAAUGGCGGGGGCAUUGAUGGGUGGUGUGGUGCACACGAUUGUGGCACCCAUAGAGAGGGCCAAAUUGCUGCUGCAGACCCAGGAGAGUAACACGGCAAUUUUGACAGGUGGGCCCCAUAGGAGGUUCAAAGGGAUGGUAGAUUGCAUUGUUCGUACGGUGAGAGAAGAAGGAUUUCUGUCCCUGUGGAGAGGCAAUGGCAGCAGUGUCAUCAGAUAUUACCCAUCUGUUGCCCUCAAUUUCUCUCUCAAGGAUCUAUACCGGAACAUUCUCCACGGCUACUCAAAAGAAGGUGGCUUUUUAUCUGGUCCGUCUGCCAAUUUCCUUGCGGGGUCCGCAGCUGGUUGCACAACAUUAAUCAUUAUCUAUCCACUUGAUAUUGCCCAUACACGCCUUGCUGCUGACCUUGGAAGAACAGAAGCUCGCCAAUUCAGGGGCAUACGUCAUUUCCUGCGUACCAUACGUGAGAAAGAUGGAAUUCCAGGGAUUUACAGAGGACUUCCUGCCUCUUUGCAGGGAAUGGUAGUACAUCGGGGCCUAUAUUUUGGUGGUUUUGAUACCAUAAAAGAGAUCAUGUCCAAAAAAUCCGAGCUAGAUGUCCCAUUGUUGAAGCGUUGGGCUGUGGCUCAGGCAGUUACGACAUCUGCUGGAUUGUUGUCCUAUCCAUUAGAUACCGUUCGAAGGCGGAUGAUGAUGCAGUCGGGCUUAGAACGGCCAAUGUACCGUAGCACUUUGGAUUGUUGGAGGAAGAUAUACAAUACGGAGGGUUUAUCCUCAUUUUAUCGUGGAGCACUGUCGAAUAUAUUUAGGAGUACUGGUGCAGCAGCUGUUUUGGUUUUGUACGACGAGGUCAAGAAGAUUUUGGAUUGGAGCGGAUUAUAGCAUAUUCUGGUAAAUUGUAUUCGUCUCGACCCUCAGACUUAGAAUAGAAUUAUGCGAUUACAGUCCAAUUUAUGUUGUAGCAUGCAUAUGAACAAUUUGAUAUGAUUGAUAGUUGAAAUAUGCACAAAUGAAUUAGUAUUCCAUGUUUCCCUUGUUGAACACGAUUUUUUGAAUAAUUGAGCGGAAUUUUGUUGGAA